GAUGGUGGGGAGGAGGGCAGGCGAUAGGAACUCGGAGGGUGUAGUAUAGGAUAGAGCAUCCUCGCUCACUGCAGUCCCUCAUUUCCUUAAAGGAUGAAUCCCAGCGCUGGCAUAUGAGGAUCUCCGGGGGGGAAGAGAACGCCAACUUCUCACGAGGUCCAUCCAUGACAGACGUCCUCCGCCGACAUGGGCUCCCUGGGCGAUGCAGAUGAGCAGCACAAUCUGCCGGUCGGGAUGGAUCAGUCGCAGGAGGUGGAAAGAGACGCUCAGUACAGCUGGGCCGCCCUGUGGAACAUCCUGACUAUCGGGGGCAGUAUCUGUCUUCUUGUCCUCUCCCAAAUAUUGGAUUUGACCGCCUUGCAGAGUGGAUUCUGGACGGUGGAGAUGCCCGGCACUGCCUUGGUGAUCGUUUUCUUUGUCGUGGCAAUGAUCGGCACCAUGAUAUGGUACCUCAAGUCUCACACUGAACCUGUUCUGUCGGAGGAUAGGCGCCAAUCCGUCAGCCGCCAGCCCUCCUUCACCUACUCAGAAUGGACGGAUGAGAAGGUGGACGAAUUCCUGGACCUGGACCCUGUGCCCGACACCCCCGUCUUUGACUGUUUGAUGGAUAUUAGAGGGGACACAGACUUAGGAACUCUAUCCGUGAAACCUGUCGGGCUCCAGGAAAGGAGGGGCUCCAAUGUGUCUCUCACUCUGGAUAUGUGUACCCCGGGGUGCACCGAGCCUUAUGGCCACAUCAUGUCCCCGAGGGAACAGUCCACCCGAGAAUAUCUUCAGACCGCCAGCAAUGUCCUGACCCCAGAAGAGCUGCAUGAGAAAGCCCUGGAUUCUUUUGAGCUUCAGAAAGAGUUCUUUGAAAUCCCAAUGAACUUUGUUGAUCCAAAAGAAUAUGAAAUCCUGGGCCUAGUGCGGAAAAACAGAUACAAAACCAUCCUCCCAAACCCUCACAGCAGAGUGUGCCUUACCUCACCAGACCAGGAGGACGACCCUCUGAGUUCUUAUAUAAACGCCAACUAUAUACGGGGUUACGGAGAAGAAGAAAAAGUUUACAUUGCAACUCAGGGACCCACCGUGAACACCGUAGCGGAUUUCUGGAAGAUGGUCUGGCAGCAGCAUUCGCCUAUUAUAGUCAUGAUCACCAACAUUGAAGAAGUCAAUGAGAAAUGUACAGAGUAUUGGCCAGAGAAACAUGGCGUCUAUGAGGACAUCGAGGUGACCGUGAAUCACAUCAUUCAGGAGGACGACUACGUAUUAAGACUUAUGACUUUAAAGAAAGGUGAGGAAGAAAGGCGUCUGAAGCAUUUUUGGUACACGUCAUGGCCGGACCAGAAGACCCCGGAUCAGGCUCCAGCACUCCUAAAGCUUGUGCAGGAUGUGGAGGAAGCCAUGAAUAAGGCCAAGAAUAAUAACGGACCUAUUGUUGUACACUGCAGUGCAGGGAUUGGGAGAACCGGCUGUUUUAUUGCCACCACAAUUCUGUGUAAACAGCUUAAUAAUGAAGGGACGGUGGAUAUUCUGAGGACAACCUGCCAGCUGAGGUUAGACAGGGGAGGAAUGAUCCAAACCAGCGAGCAGUACCAGUUCGUACACCAUGUACUGAGCUUGUUCGUCAAACAGAAUUCCAGCACUGUUGAGGAAUAACCACUCGGUGAAUUUCGGGAGGGUCUCUGAACCCCGACAAGAAAACAUUUCACUUAAAGGAAAAAGAUCAGCGGUGCCGCUUAUCACCCGACUUCAGGGGAAACGUUUCCUGUCCCAGUGGAAGGUCAAUGGGAUUUUGCAGCCAUUGAUGUAAGCAAAUGGGACCUGGCAUAGGACAAAAUGGGAUGAUACUCACCAAAAAAAAAAAAAAAAAAAAUCCCAGAAUUUCUAUUGUAUAUAGAAGCGGUCGCAACGGUUUGUAACAAGAUUAUUAUAUGAAGAUAACUACAUUUGUGUUUUUAAGUUUUACUAUUUUUUCUGGGGGUAAGAAUAAUAAAUCACUUCUGACUGCAGUGUUAAAAAAACAAACAAAAAAAAAACAAAACAAAAAAAAAUACGACGUCACGCAGAAUUCUGUAUCGUAUUGAUGCCGACAAGUAAUUUUUUUUCCUUUUUUUUUUUUUCCUGAACUGUUUUUACAUUUUUAUCUACCGAAUACUGUGUCACAUGACUCAUGAACGCGUCAAACCUCUGUAAAGUUUGAAAGUUUUCAUACAGCAUUACGCUUUAAUACCUCAUCUUGUAGACAAACAUAGUGGGGGGGGGGGUUACGGACAGGUAUUACAUGGCUCCGCUAUGGAGUUGCACCUUUAACCCCUCAAGUGCCGGAGGGGUGAUAUGUUUAAAGCAGAAUAUAUUAUACUUUAAGUUGUUUACAGAAUAUUUUUUAUGAGCUUUUAAAAUGGGGGGCAGGGUGGGGUCGGGGGUUCGUGAGGCGGAAACAUCUCAAAUACAAUGUUACGGUAUAAAGGGGUUGUCCACAUAGGCUGAAGUCUUCAACGUGAUGAGUAACUGAAAAGUAAUGAAAAGUUACAAGAAUUGUCUGGAUACAAAUAUAUUAUUGGUUAAUUCUAAAUUCGCAAAGUGGGGGCUGGUCCUACAUUGUGGAUCCCCAUCUAUUAGCCAAAGUAGAGAGCAGUUUGUAAGAGUGUCUCUCUGGAGGACCCAACAUUUAAUGCUGGGUCCUCCAGAGAGACACUCUUACAAACUGCUCUCUACUAUCUACAGCUUUCUAUUGGAAAAUUCUAAAUUCGUAAAGCGGGGGUGGUCCUACAUUGUGGACCCCCAUCUAUUAACCAAAGUAGAGAGCAGUUUGUAAGAGUGUCUUUCUGGAGGACCCAGCAUUAAAUGCUGGGUCCUCCAGAGAGACACUCUUACAAACUGCUCUCUACUAUCUAUUGGUAAAUUCUAAAUUCCUAAAGCGGGGGUGGUCCUACAUUCUGGAUCCCCAUCUAUUAGCCAAAGUAGAGAGCACUUUGUAAGAGUGUCUCUCUGGAGGACCCAGUAUUUAAUGCUGGGUCCUUCAGAGAGACACUCUUACAAACUGCUCUCUACUAUCUACUGCUCUCUAUUGGUAAAUUCUAAAUUUGUAAAGCGGGGGGUGGUCCUACAUUGUGGACCCCCAUCUAUUAGCCAAAGUAGAGAGCAGUUUGUAAGAGUGUCUUUCUGGAGGACCCAGCAUUAAAUGCUCGGUCCUCCAGAGAGACACUCUUACAUACUGCUCUCUACUAUCUACUGCUCUCUAUUGGUAAAUUCUAAAUUCGUAAAGCGGGGGGUGGUCCUACAUUGUGGACCCCCAUCUAUUAGCCAAAGUAGAGAGCAGUUUGUAAGAGUGUCUUUCUGGAGGACCCAGCAUUAAAUGCUGGGUCCUCCAGAGAGACACUCUUACAAACUGCUCUCUACUAUCUAUUGGUAAAUUCUAAAUUCGUAAAGCGGGGGUGGUCCUACAUUGUGGAUUCCCAUCUAUUAGCCAAAGUAGAGAGCACUUUGUAAGAGUGUCUCUCUGGAGGACCCAGCCUUAAGACACUCUUACAAACUGCUCUCUACUUUGGCUAAUAGAUGGGGAUCCACAAUGUAGGACCAGCCCCCACCAAUAAAAUAUUAGUAACCAGACAAUUGUUUUAACUUUUCAAUGGGCAACCAUGUAACGCUUCAUUGUUUUUAAAUGGGCAACCAUGUAAUGCUUCAUUUCUCCUGUGGAGGAGCUGCAGGGAUAUUGAACACUUAUUGUUAGAGAUAAGAGCCGAUCCCAGUGAUCAUAAUGUGGGGAACCUCUUUAAUGUUGAUCUAAUGCACAUUGUACGAGAUUUAGAUGACUUGUAGUAAGAUUUAGGACACGGGGUCAUGUGCCAGGGUAUCGCCUAAAUCCAGGGGUGGGACAGUCUUGUUGCGGGCAGACCGGUAUGGUUAUGCGUCCUUGACCUCCAGAGGGCAAACCUGAGGCAGAGACUGCAGAUUCCCUCCCCCCCCCCA